AUGGCAGCCACCAACGCCAACACCCAGAUACUUUUGCAACUCUUGCAAGAGCGCAACCAAGGCCAAGGCAACCAAGGGAAUCAAGGUCAAGGGCAAUUCAACAACCAAAUCCGGGUCCGAAACCCUAGCUCCACCCCUCCUCCGCGCGCCGGACACGUCCGGACGGUGCUAGACGCGUCCGGCGCCACCCCGCAGCGAAUCAGACCACGCCACGUGUCCCCCCGCCUCCACCGCCGCCGCGGCCCGGCGAGCCCGAAGCGAGCCCGCGAGUCCCACCCGCUGCUGCCGCCGCGCGCCUCCCCGUACCCGUGCGUCGCCCGCCGCCUCCAUGCCGCGCCGCCACCUCGCCUCGCCUCCGGCCGCUGUCCCGCCACCGCUCCGCCCGCCACCGCCGACGCCAACGCCGGAGCUCCCCACGCCCGGUCGCCUUCCUCGUCGCCAGCCAGAUCCGGUCGGGCCGGACCAGAUCCGGCGCCCCCGACCCUCGCCGGCCUCUCCAUCACCUCCGGCCACUGCCUCCACGCCAACUCCGACGAACCUCGUUUUCCGCGCCGGGAACCCUAG